ACGAACUUUUCCACCGUCACCUCUCUCUCUAGAUCUCUCUCUCUCUAGAUCCCUCUCUUUGAGCCGUUUCUCUUCCGUUUUCGUUCUCCAGGAUUCUCGGCGAUACCAACAACUCUCCCGAAGCAGAUCUUGGAGAGCUUCGUUCAGACACGCGAAAAUGAGGAUUUUUGGCUUCUACGAGAGAUUCUCCAGAGCUUUCCAUGAUCAUCCUUCUCUCUCCAGGAUUCUCGUCAUCUCCACGAUCAGUGGUGGAGGACUUAUUGCCUAUUCUGAGGCUAAUGCCUCCCAUGGCACGAAAGACAUUGCUCCAGUCGAAACAGGAACCAGGAAGAAAAAAGUACUGCUGCUUGGAACCGGGUGGGCUGGAACCAGUUUCUUGAAGAAUCUGAACAAUCCCUCGUAUGAAGUUCAGGUUAUAUCUCCUCGGAACUAUUUUGCCUUCACUCCCUUGCUACCUAGUGUCACUUGUGGAACUGUUGAAGCUCGCAGCGUUGUUGAACCAAUCCGCAACAUUGGAAGGAAGAAAAACAUUGAUAUGUCCUACUUGGAGGCAGAAUGUUUCAAAAUCGAUCCAAAGAGCAAGAAAGUUUACUGUCGAUCUAAACAAGGCCUUAAUUCAAACGGGAAGAAGGAAUUUUCAGUUGACUUUGACUACCUUGUAAUUGCAACUGGAGCUCAGUCGAACACAUUUAACAUUCCUGGGGUGGAAGAGAACUGUCAUUUCCUGAAAGAAGUUGAAGAUGCCCAGGGAAUCCGUACAAAUGUCAUUGAUUCCUUUGAGAAGGCAAGUUUACCAGAACUGAGUGAAGAAGAGAGAAAGAGAAUUCUACAUUUUGUGGUUGUUGGUGGUGGACCAACAGGUGUUGAGUUUGCUGCGGAGCUACAUGAUUUUGUCAACGAGGAUCUUGUCAAACUCUAUCCCAGAGCCAAGGACUUGGUGCGAAUCACACUUCUGGAGGCUGCGGACCACAUCCUGACCAUGUUUGACAAAAGAAUCACAGAGUUUGCUGAAGAAAAAUUCAAAAGGGACGGUAUUGAUGUGAAACUGGGUUCAAUGGUGACCAAAGUGUGCGAGAAGGAAAUUUCAGCAAAAACUAAAGGAGGAGAGGUUUCCUCUAUUCCUUACGGAAUGAUCGUCUGGUCAACUGGUAUUGGAACCCGUCCUGUGAUAAAAGAUUUUAUGAAACAAAUUGGCCAGGGCAACAGACGUGCUUUAGCAACUGAUGAAUGGCUUCGGGUGGAAGGAUGCGAUGAUAUUUACGCUCUCGGAGAUUGUGCCACAAUUAACCAGCGCAAAGUCAUGGAAGAUAUUUCUGCGAUUUUCAAGAAAGCAGACAAGGACAAUUCGGGAACGCUGACUCUGGAAGAAUUUCAAGAAGUGAUAGACGAUGUUUGUGUUAGGUAUCCGCAAGUGGAACUGUAUCUAAAGAGCAAACGGAUGAGGGACAUAUCAGAUCUUCUAAAGCAAGCACAGGUCGAUGGUUCAAAGAAGUCCAUCGAACUGAAUAUAGAAGAGUUCAAAUCAGCCCUUUCGCAGGUAGACAAGGAAGUGAAGUUCCUUCCAGCGACAGCACAGGUUGCAGCGCAGGAAGGAGAAUACCUAGCGAAAUGCUUCAACCAGAUGGAGGAAUGUGAGAAGAAUCCAGAAGGGCCCAUCAGGAUCAGGGGAGAAGGUCGUCAUCGUUUCCGCCCCUUCAGGUAUAGACAUCUAGGGCAAUUUGCACCGCUGGGAGGGGAGCAAACAGCGGCACAGCUUCCAGGGGACUGGGUUUCGAUAGGACACAGCAGCCAGUGGCUAUGGUACUCUGUCUACGCCAGUAAGCAGGUGAGCUGGCGCACGAGAGUGCUGGUGGUGUCGGAUUGGAUGAGGCGGUUCAUCUUCGGGAGGGAUUCCAGCCGCAUUUAAGUCACCAAGUUGAUGCCUUAUACCAGGUUUCACUUCCACUACACCCUUUCAGUUUUGUUCUUUUCCCGCGGCUUACCAUAUUCUUCUUCUUCUUCUUUUUUUUGCCACAGUUUAGUCUGGAGACAGUUUUUGUUUCCUCCAUUCAAAUAAAAAAUGCAUGAAUUUUCUACGUGCCUUUUGCAUCCCUCGACUUUUUUUUUUUUUUUUUUUUGUAACCGAAUACGAUCGGAAUUUAAUCUUUUCUCUUGCUAACUUGUGUGAUUUAAUUUUAUCUUUUACUUUA